UUUAGCUAGUUCAACAAGUGUUGCUAAAGGAACUUUAUCAGGUCACAAUGAAUUCUAGGAGAGUUUUUCAUUGGAAAUCAUUGAGCAAUCUUUGCCAACAUGAAGUUUUAUUGCAAAGAAACCAAAGUAACUCAUACCAACAAACAGCCAAAAUGGAAGCUUACAAUGACAGGGUCUCUGAAACACACAAAUCCUCCGAAAAGCGAACGAAGUUCUUUGGUUCGGAACAAGUUACCCCAGGAGAAAGAAACCAAAAGGUCAAUAAAAUGUUUACGGAUAUGGCAGACUCUUAUGAUCGCCUUCUCGAUGUCAUGUCUUUGGGUAUGCAUCGUGUGUGGAAGGAUAUGCUAGUGAAUAAGUUGGCACCUCAACCUGGUAUAUGCCUCUUGGAUAUGGCUGGUGGCACAGGUGACAUACCAAUUAGAGUUUUAAAACAUUUGUCCAUGCAAUCGAAUCCCAAGGGCAUUAAAAGUGCUCUCACCGUAUUGGAUAUCAAUCAGAACAUGUUGAAUGUGGGAGAACAAAGAGCCCGAAACCUGGGUCUAACGGACCGUAGCUUGCCCCAUGUGACCGUGGAAUGGAAGUGUGCGGAUGCAGAAAACUUACCAUAUACCGAUAAUAGUUUUAAUGCUUAUACUACAUCAUUUGGUGUUAGAAAUGUCACCAAUAUGGAACGGGUGUUGCAAGAAGCCUAUCGUGUGCUGCAGCCAGGUGGCCGUUUCUUGUGUUUAGAAUUUAGUCAUCUCAAUAAUUAUCCCAUGCAAUUUGCAUUCAAUCAAUAUACGGAUAAAGUGAUUCCAGGUUUAUUCCUUUUGAUGUCCGGCAGUUUGGAACAGGCCAACUAUUUGAGUACAAGCAUACGCAACUUCCCCAAUCAGGAAACCUUUAAAUUAAUGAUUCAAGAGGCUGGAUUUGAGAUGGUCCAUUAUGAGAACAUAAAUUUCGGUGUUGUUAGCAUCCAUACGGGAUUCAAGUUAAGGGGUCUAAGAUGAUAUGGUGGCCUAUAUGAAAGAAAAAAUAAAACUUAAUGCUAUUACACUGGUCAGCAAAAUGAA